AUGUCAAUACCUCAAUCUUCAGCCAUCAUUAUCGUCGGGGCAGGCACCUGGGGAACGUCUACCGCCCUUCAUCUCGCACGACAGGGCUAUAAGAACGUCACUCUAUUCGAUCGAUAUCCGGUACCUUCACCAAUAUCUGCUGGAAAUGACGUGAACAAAGUCGUGUCUCCUGGGCAAUACAGCGUUGACCAGGACCGAGUGGAUGUCAACACGGCCCUAACAAUGGAGGCCAUGAGAGCCUGGAUGACCGAUCCUCUCUUCAAACCAUAUUACCACGACACCGGCCUGUUAAUGUCUGCAACUACACCAGCUGGUAUGCAACGUCUCGGUGUACGUGUAAGGCCCGGAGAAGAGGAUAACAUAGUCCCUAUUGAUCGACCGGAAGAUUUCCGCAAGCUAGCUCCGCCUGGUGUUCUGCGCGGGGAAUUCCCCGGCUGGAAAGGCUAUCUGACCCGUAAAGGUGCUGGAUGGGCACAGGCUCGCAAUGCUCUUGCUGCAGCGGCACAGGAGGCUCAGCGACUGGGUGUGAAGAUACUCGCAGGUGGUUCUGCAGGUCAGGUCGUCACGCUGAUAUUCGAGUACAACGACGUCAAAGGCGUUGUGACCGCGGACGGCAAAAUUCACCGUGCAGAGAGAACAAUCCUAUGUGCUGGGGCAGCUGCAGGACAAUUUAUCGAUUUCCAAGGCCAACUCCGUCCUACAGCGUGGACAAUCGCACAUAUCGCAUUGUCACCGGAGGAGCGAAAGCAGUAUCAGAACAUCCCCGUCAUAUUCAACAUCGAGAAAGGAUUCUUUUUUGAGCCGGACGAAGAUGGCGAGAUCAAACUCUGUGACGAGCAUCCAGGUUACACGAACAUGACCCGCUUACCGGAUGGAGAGUUGGCAAGUGUCCCUUUCGAGAAGACGCAGAUACCAAAGGAGUCAGAAGGUCGCAUCAGAGCUCUGCUUCGAGAGACCAUGCCUCAGCUGGCGGACCGGUCAUUCAGCUUUGCUCGGAUCUGUUGGUGUGCAGACACAGCGAAUCGGGAAUUUAUCAUUGACCGACACCCUAAAUACCGGUCUCUAGUCUUAGGAUGCGGUGCAUCUGGUCGAGGAUUCAAGUAUCUUCCUACUAUUGGCCGCACCAUCAUAGAUGCCAUGCAGGAUAACAUACCGCCUAAGAUGCACGAAUGUCUGAAAUGGAACCCAGGGGUAGCAGCCUCGCGUAACUGGGCCGACACCCUGGGUCGAUUUGGAGGUCCGAACAAGGUGAUGGACUUUGCGAAUGUCUCUGAAUGGACUGCAGUUCCACAAAGAGAUCUUUCGAAGUUGUAAUCAUGUGGAUAUAUCCUAGCUAGUAACGUGUGUAAACAAAAUAGCUAUUUAGAGAUACUGUCCUAGAUGUCUCCUAGUCAGGUAGCAGCUGCUAAAGAGAAACAGAGUUAUGUUGAAUAAUAUUGCAC